AUGGUUCAAAAGUAUGGAGAAAGGAACAAGAUGGUGGCAAUGAAAACUCACCAAAUUGAUGGCCACGACGAUGAAAGUGAAUAUGAUAAAGAUGACGACCAAGAUCCACCAAAUAGAUGGCCAUUAACACAAUCUUUAGAAGAAUCAACUCAUUUGAUGUCAUUCCAAAGUUGGAUAUAG